UUUCAGGUUGCCUUCGUUUCUCUAGUUUUUAGAGUCUGUAUCUGCUUUUCUGUAUGAUGGUGUCAGAUAAAAAAAGAGGACUCUUCAGUCUUCUGUCUUUGUUAGUGUUUUAGGUUUACUUUACAUAGACUCUCAGAAAGACUUUGUUUAACCUGCAUUAAUUCACACUGAGAAAACCAAGAUGGCUGCAAUAAUCUCAGAAAACUUAAAAUUCGUUGGGCUCUUCUUCAAGAGUAAGAAUGUCGUGAUCUUCAAUGGCCUGAUAGGUUUAGGGACAGUAGCCAGUCAGACAGCAUACAAUAUUUUUGCAUUUCACUGUCCGUGUUCACCAAAGAAGAAUUACCUGUAUGGCCUGGUAGCCAUUGGUGCACCAGCUCUGGCUUUCUUUGUCAUCGGGGUGAUGCUGAAUCGAAAUACUUGGGACUUUGUGUCAGAGUGCCGCACCAGAAAAUGUCGGAAAUUAUCAUUGUCUGCUGCUUUUGCUCUGUUGGGCUCCAUUUUGGGCAGAGCAGUUGUUGCCCCCAUCAAUUGGUCAGUUAUUUCCCUCCUGAGAGGGGAGGCGUAUGUCUGUGCUUUCAGUGAGUUUAUAGACCCCUCUUCUUUGGAUUAUUUUCCUUCUACUACAAAGACUCCAGAGAUAAUGGCCCGAUUUCCAUGUAAGGAUGUACCCGCUCCAUUUAUGAACUACUCAAGAGUGAUUGAACGCCAGCUAAAGUAUGAAUCCCAGUUGUUAGGCUGGAUGCUGGUGGGAAUCGUCUCCCUCGCUGUCUUUCUGCUCCUCUGUCUGAAACACUGCUGCUCUACCCUUGGCUAUCAGCAGGAGGUGUACUGGUCCCAGUAUCGUUCCAGCGAACAAGCUCUUUUCCAGCGUACAGCUGAAGUACAUGCUAAAUACCUUGCUGCUGAAUGUGUCAAGAACUUCUUUGGCUUUGCGGCCUUGGAAGAUAAAGAGAAGCAACUCCUAGAAGACUGUGAGGGAAUCAAGAGCAUCAUUCCCAGAAUGGAGUGGAACCGCGUCACAGGGGUUUACAUGUACAGAGAGACUGAUGACACUCCCAUCUACAGCCGCUUAAACAAAUGGGACAUGUAUACAAAGGAGAACAACUGUUAGGCAAAUGGAAAACAUUUGAUAUAUUCUUCAUUAUUCAUACAUUCAUACAUAAUUUUUUUAAUUGUUUUUAUUGUUUGUUGUUGUUCCUUCUUCAUGGUAAACAUGCUUGACUGUUGUGUUUAUAUUUAGCACUGAAGCCUGUAAUUCAGAUUGUUCGGUUUCUUUCUUUCUAGAGAGGUGAUUGGCAGCUCAAAUUGUAAUAUUUUGAUAACACACAAUUAACUAUUUAGCAUCUCUUUUAAGAGACAUGAUGUACUCUCGGGUUGAGAUGACCUCUUGUUAUACUUUGCAAAGCAUUAAGUGUAUCUGACUAAUUAGUGUCUAAUGAAUUAAUAAUAAUGCUUGCUAGAACAUAUUUGGUAUAAUACAACACACUGAAAAGUACGCUUUUCCAUAAAGAUGGGAAGAAUUGUUUAAAUGGCAUUAUUAACUACUACUGACAUCUAAUUAUUAUUAUUAUUAUUAUUAUUUUUUUUUUACAUUUAAGAGAGUUAGCAGAUGUUUUUAUGCAGAAUGAGCUAAAAAAAAACUAAAUUAGCAUCACAUACAGUAUGAAACCAUUGCAUCUCCAAACAGAUGCAAGCACACAAUUUGUAAUUCUGUCUACAAUUAAAGGAAUUAAAGAAGUAUUGUUUAAAUAAAAUUGUUAAUAAUUUUAUUAAUAAAAUUGUCAGAGGGGUUGUUAAUUAGAUGAAGUGAAUCCUUUCAAGAUAUCGGAUUAUGGGCUCAGUUAUCUGAAGCUGAGAAAGAUUUGGUGCUUCACAGUUGCUGGGUGUACAUCCAGUGCAUUGGAAGCAAAUUUACAAAGAUUUCAUUUUUGAAAAUUGCUUAUUGCUUUUCUGUGUAAAGUUAUAUACAAUCUUGCAACUUCAUUGGCAUGACUGCAUUGCCAUAAACUGCAUUG